CAAAAACCCAUCAUCCAAACCACAACCACACAACCCCCAACAUGACUACCCCCUUGCCAGACUUCACAUCCCCCACCCUCUUCCCCAUCUUCACAACAUGCCCCCUCACCGAGGACCCUCCCCCACCCCAUCCAGACCCCUACUACCUGCUAGGCACCAUCACCGAAAACAUGACGCUGACCCCCGUGACGCCGACAUUCAUCUGUAAAGACCGCGAUGGACACGCCUUCGCAGUCACCUUGAAACUCACCUCGCGACAAUCCGGGGAGGGCUCGGCGCCCGCGAGUGGGGAUGGGAAUUUCUACGAGAGUCCGAGGGGUAGGAAGGCGUUUGGGAAGGGGAAGUGUGUUGUUGUUCCGAUGGCGAGGAGGAAGGGGGCGAGGGAGGAGAAUGCGGAGUUGGGGCGGAAGGAGAAGAAGGGGUUUAUUGAGGGAUUGUGGAGGGAUGGGAGUGAGAGUGGGAGUGACGGUGAGGGGAUUUUUGUGAGUGAUGUGACGGUGGGUGUUUGAUGGGUGAUGUAAGCUGACGGGCAUUGGUGGUGUAGGUUCUUCCGACUGGGUUGAUGAAUUUGAUUGAGAUUGGUGAGAGGAGGAGGAAAGAAGAGGGCAAGAAGAGCUGUCAGGGGUGUGGGAAGAGUGAAGAGGAGGUUGAAGGGAUGGUUAGGUGUAAAGGCUGUGAGAGUGUUUGGUAUUGUGGGAAGGUAGGUCUUGCGAAUCGCAUUUGUUGAUUCACUUGGAGCUAUCAGGAGUUGUGUUGGAUUUUGAUUUUGAGGCUAAUGGUUUUUAUAGGCGUGUCAAGUUCUAGGGUGGAGUAAGAAGGGUCAUAAGUGUGAGUGCAAAGUUUUGAGGGCCGUAAAGGAUAUAUUCCUGUGAUUGCGUUCUGUACAAUACCCUGGAUUAUUCCCCAAGAUUGGGCGCCUCCGCUGAGAGCCAGUAUUCAUUUUGUGGUGUCUCCAAAGGUGCCACCUACGUAGAGGCCGCUCAUCUCCCUUUUUUCGUUAAAUAGGCGGAGAAAAGUCACUUUCAGCAAAUCAAGAAUUCCGACUCGCAUCAUUUUAUUUCUAUUCCUGCCUACAUCUUCCACCCAAUCUAUCCCUUUUAUCAUUCCAGCACCGUACACACUCAAGCCCCCAAAAGCCCCUCCAGCUGCUCAGUGAUAUCAAUCAACGGAAACGCAGUCUGAUUCAACGGACCCGGAUUCGGACGAUUCACAUCCCCAACCUCCAUGGGCUGCAAAUAAAUACUCUGCCCAAUCUGCACCGCCGCCACAGUCCAAGCAGUAGAAAUCGGAUUCGGUAUCAACCCCAAAUACUCCGCAGAAUCCCACGACGCAUCUUUGGAUCUCAAAACCACAAUGCCCUCCAAAUCAAUCGCAAUAAGAAGAACAGUGUUCAAGUACUUUGAUGGGAGCAUAAUGGCAUCUGAAUAUCCCCAUGUCACAUUCGGCGUAUGAGGAAUUUCAACCGGCACGCCUUUCUCUUGACGCAUAUCGAAUUUCAAGAUCUUGCUUUGGAGGACGUCGUUCACGAUGAGAUCCCAUCCAUUCGAUACACAUCCACCAUACCCAGGAAUCGUAGUAAGCGCCGGUUCUCUCAGGUAGAAAACUUCAGUGGUAUUGCAAUCCGCACUGGUUCUCAGGAUAUUCGCUCCAUAAGUACCAAGCAUGUAAAUAUUGCCCUCAGGGUCAUUAUCCACGUCUUGAUACCCUCCAAAUUUCCCCUGCGUCGUCUCGGUUAGGUUUGUGUAGCUAACGAUUUCCUUCUUGAUGGUGUCAUAUUCGACGAGUUGGUUGGUACCUGAGACAUCCGUGCCGUUGUUGGCGAAGGGGGCAAAGACGUUGAGGCUUAUGGAGAGGAGGUUGGUUCGUUGGUCGACUUGGAUGCCGCUGG